AUGAAAACAGUUGUCGGUAACAAUAAGAAAGUGACCAUGCAGGACAAUGUUGACCGGCUGAAAGUGGUCGGGAAUAAUUGUAUAAUUCGCAUACAAAUUAACCAAGGUGAUGUUAAAGUUAUUGGCAAUUAUUGCCGAGUGAAAAUCAAGGAAAAUUAUGGAAAUGUCAAGAUAGUCGGCAGUGGAUGUACAAUUACAAUUGAGAGGCGCUCAAAAGGUGAUAAUGUUUCUAUUGUGGGACAGAAUUGUCAUCUUUUGGUGGACGGUAAACAGGACCUGGAUGACGUCAUCGAGCCAGUCUUUAUAUUCGUGAUGCGAUUAAGAUGA